AUGAUGCGUGCAGUACGGAAUCCUGCGUCCAAGGCAUUGGCGCGCAGUGUGGGCAUUCACCAGGUGCGCGCCUUUGCGGCCAUGCAGCCCGAGGCAUUCAAGGCUGCCUACGAGGCUCAUGUAGCGGAGCGUGCCACACAGGGCAUUCCGCCGCUGGCCCUGGACGCCAGCCAGGCUGAGUGCGUGGUCGAGAUGCUCAAGAAGGCACCAGCGGACGGAGCAUUUUACUACGACCUUCUCCGAAACAGAGUGAACCCUGGUGUGGACGACUCCAGUCAUGUGAAGGCAAACUUUUUGCGUGACAUUAUUCACGGCAAAGUUUCUACGCCUCUUGUCUCCAAAGCAGACGCGGUGGAGAUGCUCGGGUGGAUGCAGGGUGGCUACAACGUUGCACCUCUGAUUGAAGCUUUGGAUCUGGAACAGGAACUGGCAGAGGCAGCAGUCGCCGGCCUUAGCCGAAUGAUCCUUAUGUUUGAUGCGUAUUACGACGUGGAAGAGAAGAUGAAGAAGGGCAACCUCCACGCCAAGAAGGUGAUCGAAUCUUGGGCCAAUGCAGAAUGGUUCACACGCCGUCCUGAAGUGCCCGAGAAGGUGACCCUUUGCGUUUUCAAAGUCACCGGCGAGACGAAUACGGAUGAUUUGUCACCUGCACCUGAUGCCUGGUCCCGUCCCGACAUCCCGCUUCACGCUUUGGCCAUGCUGAAGUUUCCCCGAGAUGGCAUCACUAAUGCGGCAGAGCAGAUUGAGGAUUUGAAAAAGAAAGGCCACCAGCUGGCUUAUGUCGGUGAUGUUGUCGGCACCGGAUCAUCGCGAAAGUCAGCCACAAAUUCCAUUUUGUGGUACAUGGGCCAAGACAUCCCUUGCGCACCGAACAAGCGAACCGGGGGCUUCGUGAUUGGCGGAGUCAUCGCCCCCAUUUUCUUCAAUACCAUGGAGGACUCUGGCGCUCUGCCCUUGGAAAUGGAAGUCAAGGACUUGGGAAUGGGGGACCUCAUCGACCUGUAUGUGCGCGAGAAGGCAGUAAAGAAGCAUGGUACAGACGACGUGAUCACCAAGUUUGACCUGAAGCACGAUCUGAUGUUGGAUCAGGUGCGGGCUGGUGGUCGAAUCCCACUCAUCAUUGGUCGUGGACUCACCAACAGGGCGCGGGAGACUUUGAGCCUGGGGCCAACGACUACUUUCAAGCAGAUGGCCCAACCAGAAGUGAACGUGAAGGGCUUCACACUUGCACAGAAGAUGGUUGGAAAGGCAUGCGGCGUGGAUGGCGUCGUGCCAGGAGCAUACUGCGAGCCCAGUAUGGGUACUGUGGGUUCUCAGGAUACUACUGGACCGAUGACACGUGAUGAGCUGAAGGAUUUGGCAUGCCUGGGCUUCCAGGCUGACCUUGUCAUGCAGUCUUUCUGCCAUACGGCGGCGUAUCCCAAGCCAGUGGAUGUGAUUACCCACAGCACGCUGCCGAAGUUCAUUGCUGAUCGUGGUGGUGUCGCCCUUCGCCCGGGAGACGGCAUCAUUCACUCGUGGCUCAAUCGUAUGCUUCUCCCCGAUGAGGUCGGAACAGGCGGCGAUUCGCACACGCGAUUCCCUCUCGGUAUCUCCUUCCCUGCUGGCUCUGGCCUGGUCGCCUUCGCUGCUGCCACCGGCGUGAUGCCCUUGAACAUGCCUGAGUCUGUGUUGGUUCGCUUUUCAGGAAAGAUGCAGCCUGGAGUCACUCUCCGUGACUUGGUGCAUGCCAUUCCAUACUACGCCAUCAAGCAGGGACUGCUCACUGUCGAGAAGAAGGGCAAGAAGAACAUUUUCAACGGCCGUGUCUUGGAGAUUGAGGGACUGCCUGACCUGAAGUGCGAGCAGGCAUUUGAGCUAUCUGAUGCUUCUGCAGAGCGCUCUGCGGCCGGGUGCACCAUCAAGUUGACUGAGGGGCCUGUGAGGGAGUACCUGAAGUCCAACAUUACGCUGCUGAAGUGGAUGAUCUCCCAGGGAUACAGCGACCCCCGCACGCUUGCGCGACGCAUCGGCAAGAUGGAGGAGUGGUUGGAGAAGCCCAGCCUGAUGGAGGCAGACAAGGGUGCAGAAUAUGCAGCAGUCAUUGAGAUCAAUCUGGACGAGUUGAAGGAGCCGGUUCUGUGCUGCCCGAAUGAUCCGGAUGAUGCCAAGACACUUACGGAGGCAGUAUCGGUGCCAGCGGAGCUUGUCACAGUUGAAAUGAUGGUGGAUGGAUCACAGUUUCCUUGUCACUAUCGUGCGGCUGGCAAGAUGCUCGGUCAGUUUGAUGGACAGCUAACCACGCGAUUGUGGAUCGCCCCGCCCACCAAGAUGGAUGAGGAGCAGUUGACCAAGGAGGGCUACUAUUCGGUCUACGGCAAGGCGGGUGCCCGAACAGAGAUGCCCGGCUGCUCCCUGUGCAUGGGAAACCAGGCACGCGUGGCAGACAAUGCCACUGUCGUCUCCACCUCCACACGCAACUUCCCCAACCGCCUGGGCAAAGGUGCGAAUGUCUACCUGGCAUCCGCUGAGCUUGCUGCUGUGGCGGCUAUUUUGGGCCGACUCCCAACCCGGGAGGAGUACCUGAAGUACCAUACAGAGCUGGCCAAGAGUGCGGACUCUAUUUACCAGUACUUGAACUUCGAUCAGGUCGAUGACUAUGUCGCAAAGGCUGAUACGGUGAAGAUGAGCGAGUAUCGGUGA